GGGGAAAACAUCCGUCCUACAUAUUCAAAAACUACACGAGAGCAUGAAGAAUUUUACGACAUACAGCUCCCAGAUCGGCGCAGGCAGGCCGUUGUCGUGUGCACAGUUCUCGCCCGACAGUACAAGGAUAGCUGUCUCGGAUUGGUCAGGCGCAGUCACGCUAUGGGACAGCAACUGUAAACAAACAUCGCGGUUAAGAG